AAUCAUGUUGUAAAUAGUUACAGCAUGAAUCUGUAGCAUGGUCUAAUUAGUGUUUGCAUAUAAACCCAGUUGAUAUUGAUAUAUGAUAUGGGUAUGUUUAACAACUGCUGUACCACACUUUACACAAUCACAUGACUGGACCAUAAAGAAUUAAUUUCCAUGUUUAAGUUAACAACAAGGAAGUUGCCAUUAAUGACAAAAAAUGGCUUCCAAUUUAGAGUGUUCAAUUCACAGCGGAUCAGACUUGUCCUUUGAUUUUUCUUGCUUCAUCUGUCAGGAAAAUGAUGGAAAUACUGAGGCUGAAUUUUACUGUGAUGAAUGUUCUAAAUUUUACUGUAGCAAAUGUGUGGAGCAUCAUAACUAUCUUUACAAGAAGCAUGCCAUUUUAAACAAGGAAAACAUCAGCCAGUGGCCCGAGACUAAUGUGGAUGAACUAGAGCAAUGUCAGGAGCACAAGAAAGAAAAACUGACAGGAUUCUGUGAGGACCACAGUCAGCUGAUAUGUCAAGUCUGCCAUGAGCACAAUCACAAGGAAUGUAGUCAUGUGGUACUUAUUGUUGACAAAGUGAAAGAAUUUCAAAGAAAAGAAGACUUCAAACAGAUGUCAGCAACUGUUGAUACACAACACCAGCAAUUGGUACACUUGAAAGACAGCUUUGAAGAAAAUAUGAAGUCUCUUGAGAUAUCUUACAAGAAAAUUCUGGAAGAACUAAUUUCAUUACGAAAAGCCAUUAAUAAUUCUUUGGAUGAACUUGAAAAGAAUACCAAGAAGGACUUGGACAUAUUUCUGGCCACCAUGAGGACAUCUAUAAAAAAUGACAUUGAAAUCUGCACUAGGUCCAUCAAAAAUAUAACAUUCUUGAAAGAAGAUUCGCAAAAAAGAAAAGACAAAAAUGAAGAACCAAGUUUUAUUAAGUAUAGAAAAUGCAUUGACCAGUCACUGAAGGUAGAGUCAGUUUUACAAGAAAUGACAAUAAAGAAUGAGAGGACACUGAUGUUUUAUCCUGACACAACCAUCCAACAAACCCUGUCCACUCUCUCAGGAUUGGGACAAAUACUGGACACAGUACAACAAUCACAAACUAAAAAGACAACAGAGAGUUCAGUUACCAGACAGAAUAAACCUACAGCAUUCAGCCAGUCUGACCCUGGAAACCAAACAAGUGAUUUGACAAAGUCAGGCCAGGUGUCUGAUUCUGUAUCCACUUCAUCUCAUCAGCUGGUCCAGCGAUAUAAAGGUGCAGUAAGCAUGCCUGAUCCAAUCAUAAAAGUGAAGAGUAGUAAGACAUACAAAGUGGACAUUACCGGUUUUGAACACAAAUUAUCAGGUAUCUGUGAGACAGCUGCUGGAGAACUCCUCAUCUUAGACGGCUAUAACAGCAAAUUGGUGCUACUAGAUCAUACCUACAAGAUAGUGAACCAGUGUGACUUGCCUCGUCAACCAAAUUCGAUGUGCCGUAUUGACUCCAAUCGGGUGGCUGUUACUGCCGCUUUCUGUCAGAUCUACUUCAUCAGAGUGUCCUAUGGUCUGUUGAUAAUCGACAGGACACUGAAGCUCCAACAUGAGUGCUGGGGUAUUGCCCAUCACCAGCGCAAAUUGUACAUUACAGCUAAAGAUGCUCUUUAUCGAUAUACUGUGGAUGGAAGACUGCUGAGCAAGAUUUAUGAGGAUAACUCAAGUAGAAGAUGCACAGGUCUUAAAAUACAGUUUGGCCCAGGCCAAGAACAAUCAGAGACAAUCUUCACACCCACAGUAUCCUCAUGUGCAGUGAGUCCAGAUGGAGAAAGGAUAUAUGCGACCAACGUGGUCAGCAAGCAGCUGGUCACCCUGUCCAGGGAUGGAACAGUGAUCUCCACACUGGCUCAGCCUGCACAGGACUUAUGCUACCCAAUAUGGUUACCUGGCCUCCAUGUGACAGACUCAGGACAAGUUCUUUUAUGUGGACUCUGGUCUGAAACAGUCCACCAGGUGGACAGAGAUGGGAGACAAAUACUGGCAGAGGUGGUCAAACAGCAUAUAGAUGUGAGUUACCCAACAUCUGUUUAUUACAGUAAGCGCACAAGCUCAAUGAUUGUGGGAAUGCAGGAAUAUAAUGAAAUUGUAGUGUUUAAGACACAGUGACUGAAGGAGUUGGAAGAUGUUUAUUUAUAAUAAUUUACACAUAAUUUUCAAAUAUAUAUAUAUAUAUAUAUAUAUAUAUUAUAGAACAAAAUAACAGUUAAGCUACUACAUAUUCAAUAUGCCCUAUGUGAACUUUUUCCAAAAUAAUCAGUCUUUUCCAUACCGCUAUUAUUAUGGCUCAAUAGGUCAUUGUUGACCUGAAAUGGCCAAAAAGUCACCCAGGGGUGACUAGAAGCCGAAUCGGCUUCUAUUCACCCCUGGGUGUUUUUUGGGCCAUUUCAGGUCGACAAUGACCCAAUGAGCAUUAUUAUGUAAUCUAAACUGAAAUUUGCUCACAUGCUUCUUGCAGAAAAACAAACAAAUAUGUUUAUUCAAAAACUAGGUUUGAAAGGAUCUGAAUUAUUUUGUUUGAGAAAAUCAAUUUACUGAUUGUUAUAAAUACAUAUUAUUAUUUGUGUUUAUGAUGUGCAUGUUAUGAAAUGGUAUUAACAUUUGUAUGAAUAUUGUCUGAGUCAGUGUGUCAAAUAUUGUUCAAACUUAUAUUUAUGUGAGUGCGAUAUUUGAUAAUAAUUAUCAUUUUCCAAUGAUCGUGUUUCAAUGGAUAAAACCCAUUUGCCAACUUGGCCAAGAUAUCAUCCUAACAAAUUUUCUUAGCAAGUUUCACGAACAAACAAUAUAAAAAUUAAAAUAUGAAGGCUAUGGUUCACAAGCUUUGGCAGGCCUUUCGCCAGGAUUUUGUUUAGGAAUACGGAGCACAAACAGUUGGCAAUUCGAUUUUUUUCUUAAUUACUUCUACAUCAUUACUAUUUGGAAAUAAAAGUAUAGGGGUGAACCUAAUUAUUGUAAAUUCCCUCUUGGAAAUUCAUACACAUGAAUACCCCAGAUUUGGAAAUUAAGGCAUAGAGUUGCCACUGUCUGUUAAGGCCCUGGUGGCCAUGUUUUUUCAACAAACAUGCAUACAUUUACCAUACUAGCAAAUAAACGAUAGUCACAA